AUGACCUCCCAGAUUCGUCAAAAUUAUUCCACUGAGGUGGAGGCUGCCGUCAACUCCCUGGACAACUUGCACCUGCGGGCCUCCUAUGCCUUCUUUCUGGACUGCUAUUUCAACCAGGAGGAUGUGGUUCUGCCUGGUGUGGGCCACUUCAUCCGAGAGUUGGCUGAGGAGAAGCGUGAGGGUGUGGAGGGUCUUCUCAAGAUGCAAAACCAGCAGCAGCCAUUCUUCCAGGAUGUACAGAAGCCUUCUCAAGAUGGGUGGAGAAAAGCUCAGGAGGCCAUGGAAGCUGCCUUGGCAUGGGAGAAGAACCUGAACCAGGCUCUUUUGGAUCUUCAUGUGCUGCGUUCUACCCACGUAGACCCCCAUCUCUGUGACUUCCUGGAGAACCACAUCUUGAGUGAGGAGGUGAAGCUCAUCAAGAAGAUGGGCGACCACCUGACCGAUCUGCGCAGACUGGCGAGCCCUCAGCCAAAUCUGGGCGAGUAUCUCUUCGAGGGGCUCACCCUGAAGCAUGACUAGAUACUGCACAGCCUUCCAGGGAUUCCUGCUGUGCCUUAACCUCCCUCAGGACCUCCUCCAUCCCAGCCUGUCCAGC